UGUUUCCGGGGUUAAAGCUCAGGUGUCCCGGUUUGAAAUCGCGGACUCUUGCGUCUCUGGUGUAAACGCUGCUCUAAACUUUGCUCUGAACAUGUUUUUAUUUGUAUUUUUUCCCCCGCCGGUGACGUCAUCAUUAGAGCUCGCUUUGCGGCUUCAGGAAGUCCAUCAGUGAUCGAUGACUCGGCGUCUCUGGGACAUGUCGUCGUCUUCCGUUCUGCAGGAUGGACACUGAGCUGCUGCUUGACCGGCGCGACGAGCAGGUGGGGCUUAAGCGGGAGGUGUGUCUUCUGCAGGAGGAGCUGGCAGAGAGUCGAGCGGAGAGGGAGGAGCUAGAGUCCAGGAACAGAGCUCUGAAUGACAGGCUGUGUCAGUCAGUGUGUCCCUCGGUCGGCCUCUCUCUGCAUGUGGAGGCUGAGCAGAGGGAGUGGAGGAGGCGGGUGAGAGAGGGGAGAGAGAGGGAAGCCAGACAAUCUCUGCUCAUCCACCGAUUGCAGAACAAGGUGGUGGAGUACAGAGAACGAUGUCAGCGCUUGGAGCUUCAGCUUCAGGAUGAAAACACACAACUGAUCAACACUGAG